AUGUCCUUAGAAUCUUAUUGGACUAUAACGCAUGGUCAUGCAAACCGUACUGGUUGGAGUUGUCGAGAAUGUCAUGCUGUAAUCUAUCAGGGUGAACCAAUAGUGAUACGCGAUGGACGUAAACUUCGUUUAAUGUAUCAUGAACGCUGUUAUAGCGGUGAUUCAGAUCCGCGCACACAGACUGGUAGUUCUUACUACGAUAAUAAAUGGAUAAACGCUCAUUCUAUUCAAGGAAAAGCACCAUCUGUCAAGGGAUAUGGUAAAUGGAGUUGUAGUGAAUAUGGUUAUAAAGGUGAUUUAUAUGCAACAAGUUCAAAUGUAAAACUACGAUCCAGAUCUAAAGAAUCAAAUGACACGGCGGCGUCACAAUCAACUAUUCGAAAAACUGGAUAUUCGAAUUCAUCCAAGAAAACUCUCUAG